AUGUGUCACGAAAUGUGUCAUGUGUCUGGUGACGAAGAAUAUUUUCUUGACGAAAUGCCUAAAGCAGCCACCUUCGCCACAAAGGCUGCUUAUUCUUCUCACACGACGUGCAAACGUAUUUCUUUGUAUGCUGAGUAUAUGAUAGCCAUUGAGAUGUUUGACUCAGCGAGCAUUCGAACCACUGAGCCAUCUCGCCGGCCAACAUGCGACAACUUACGUCGUCUACCCAUUUACCAGCCUCGAAGGGAUGAACGACUGGAUGAACUUAUAGAAACUGCGGGAUUCAAACCCGGAGAAUCUGAGGCGACAUCUACUGCUCUGGCAAUAAGCUUCAGUUAG